CCGCGGCCGCCCGCGCUCCCGCCCCCGGCCCUUGCCUGCCACGCCCUUCCCUUUUUGGCCGGGUCUUGGCCGCCCCGAGGGUCUCGGGCGGGAUCUGGGAGUAAGCGUGCCCCCUCCCUGCACAGAUCUCAGUAGCGCGUUUCUGGGGAGCGGAGCGGAGGGGAGGGAGGACCUCGGGCAGGCAGACGGGUGCAGGGCGCGCCCCUGGAACAGGCUGGGCUCCUGUGGGCCACAGCUGCCACCUCUGAACGGACCAGCGUCGUGCUAGGUCUGCUCAGUGUUCCGAGAAGGGCCAGGGCCCCGCUCCGGUGUUCCGCAACUCUUCAUCCCCGUCUUGGAUGGGAGGGGAUUCCUAAAAAUUAGUGCUUCAAAAUACCCACCAUUGCGUGCUCCCUCUGAAGUUAGGUUUGGUACUCUAGGACUUGAGAGUGAUGGCGAGGGCAGAGAGACCUCUAGGGGUGAUCUGAUUCGACCUUCUCCCCCCCGACACACACCUUUUUGUUUUGAUCCGUGAGUGAGGAGGAUAAGCUCCUGCUGCAGGGUGAAUGGAGACCCCGGAGGCGCGUCCUGGCCCUCACCUGGGGAAGCGCGCCUGCAUCCGGACGGGUGCACCGGGGGGAGGCGACCUGCCGCGGGUUCCUGCCAGCAGAAAAGGAGUUAACUAGGGAGGGAGAGGAAGGUCGAGGAGUUUCUUAGACCCGGGGGCACAGCCUGCGGGAACCCAGGGGGUUGGGGGGAACGGAAAAGAUCACUGGGGAAUGCCAGGGCUGGGUGUGCUGCUCUAAGACCUUUAAAGUAGUUGGCCAGCAGGAGCAUUUCUUUGUGAAAGCCCAAGGCUUAAAAAGUAAUAAUAUGAAAUAUGUAAUACAUUCAUUUGGCUGGGAUAUUAAAAAUAUAAAAAGUUACCAGUGAAAGAUUUCCUCCAUCCCUCUUAGCUAUCUUCCUAGGCCCUACCCUCUUAGGUAAUUUGUUCCUUUGUAUCUUUUCCAAAUUUCUUUCUGCAAGUACUGGCGAAUAUCACUAGUUAGUGCCCGCUUUUAUCACACAGGUGAUAGAAAUCCUUCUAACCCCUUGAUUUUUUCACUUUAUCUUACCGGUCUCUACAUAUCAGAACACAGAAGUUUUGUUCUGUUUUGUUUUACAGAGCUGUGCAGCGUAUGAGAGUGCCUGUUUCCUCCACAGCCUUGUCAACAGUGUAUUGUCAAGCUUUGAACAUUUGCUAAUAUGACAGUGUCACAUUUGAAGACGAGCACUGAGGAUGAGGAACCAACUGAAGAAUAUGCAAAUACUGGAAAUACAGAAUCUAAGUGGCCGAAAGGGGAAGGUCUUCACAGGGAUCCUGUGCCUGAGUCUAAGGUUGGUGGCACGUGUGUUUGGGAUAGCAAGGUAGAGAGUCAGCAGGAAAAGCCUGUGGAAAACAGGAUGAAGGAAGACAAAAGCUGCAUCAGGGAAGCAAUCAGCACAGCCAAGAGUACAGCAAAUAUAAAGACAGAACAGGAAGGUGAAGCAUCUGAGAAGAGCUUGUGUCUGAGCCCACAGCAUAUCACACACCAGACUAUGCCUGUAGGACAGAGAGGCAGUGAGCAAGGCAAAUGUGUGGAGAACAUUAAUGGAACCUCUCACCCUAGUCUACAGCAGAAAACCAAUGCUGUUAAGAAAUUACAUAAAUGUGACGAAUGUGGGAAAUCCUUCAAAUAUAAUUCCCGCCUCGUUCAACAUAAAAUUAUGCACACUGGGGAGAAGCGCUAUGAAUGUGACGACUGUGGAGGGACCUUCCGAAGCAGCUCCAGCCUUCGGGUCCACAAGCGGAUCCACACGGGGGAGAAGCCGUACACGUGUGAGGAAUGUGGGAAAGCCUAUAUGUCCUACUCCAGCCUCAUAAACCACAAAAGCACCCAUUCUGGGGAGAAGAACUGCAAAUGCGAUGAAUGUGGAAAAUCCUUCAAUUAUAGCUCUGUUCUGGACCAGCAUAAAAGGAUCCACACUGGGGAGAAGCCCUAUGAAUGCGGUGAGUGUGGAAAGGCCUUCAGGAACAGCUCUGGGCUCCGAGUCCACAAAAGGAUCCACACGGGGGAGAAGCCCUAUGAAUGUGACAUCUGUGGGAAAACCUUCAGUAACAGCUCUGGCCUUAGGGUCCACAAAAGGAUCCACACGGGCGAGAAACCUUAUGAAUGUGAUGAGUGUGGGAAGGCCUUCAUUACUUGUAGAACACUUCUCAACCAUAAAAGCAUCCACUUUGGAGAUAAACCCUAUAAAUGUGAUGAGUGUGAGAAAUCUUUUAAUUAUAGCUCUCUUCUCAUUCAGCAUAAAGUCAUCCACACUGGAGAGAAACCUUAUGAAUGUGAUGAAUGUGGGAAGGCUUUCAGGAACAGCUCAGGCCUCAUAGUGCAUAAAAGGAUCCACACGGGAGAGAAACCUUACAAGUGUGAUGUCUGUGGCAAAGCAUUCAGCUAUAGCUCAGGCCUCGCAGUCCAUAAAAGCAUUCACCCUGGAAAGAAAGCCCAUGAGUGUAAGGAGUGUGGGAAGUCCUUCAGUUAUAACUCACUUCUUCUUCAGCACAGAACGAUUCACACCGGAGAGAGACCUUAUGUGUGUGAUGUGUGUGGGAAAACGUUCAGAAACAAUGCAGGCCUCAAAGUCCACAGGAGGCUGCACACUGGGGAGAAACCCUAUAAGUGUGAUGUGUGUGGGAAAGCCUAUAUCUCACGGUCCAGCCUUAAAAAUCACAAAGGAAUCCACCUUGGGGAGAAGCCCUAUAAAUGUAGCUAUUGUGAGAAAUCCUUCAACUACAGCUCUGCCCUUGAGCAGCAUAAAAGGAUUCAUACCAGGGAAAAACCCUUUGGGUGUGAUGAGUGUGGAAAAGCUUUCAGAAAUAAUUCCGGCCUUAAAGUACAUAAACGAAUCCACACUGGGGAACGACCUUACAAAUGUGAAGAAUGCGGGAAAGCGUACAUCUCCCUCUCGAGCCUUAUAAAUCAUAAAAGCGUCCACCCCGGGGAGAAGCCCUUUAAGUGUGAUGAGUGUGAGAAGGCCUUCAUCACAUACCGAACCCUUAUAAACCACAAAAAAGUUCAUCUUGGGGAGAAGCCCUACAAAUGUGAUGUGUGUGAGAAAUCUUUUAAUUACACAUCACUCCUUUCUCAGCACAAAAGGGUCCACACUAGAGAGAAACCCUAUGAGUGUGACAGGUGCGAGAAGGUCUUCAGAAACAACUCAAGCCUUAAAGUUCAUAAGAGAAUCCAUACUGGGGAGAAGCCCUAUGAAUGUGACGUGUGUGGAAAAGCCUACAUCUCACACUCAAGCCUUAUUAACCAUAAAAGUACCCACCCCGGCAAGACACCGCAUCCAUGCGAUGAGUGUGGAAAAGCUUUUUUCUCAAGCAGAACUCUGAUAAGCCAUAAAAGAGUCCAUCUUGGAGAGAAACCCUUCAAGUGUGUCGAGUGUGGGAAAUCUUUCAGUUACAGCUCUCUCCUUUCUCAGCACAAGAGGGUCCACACAGGGGAGAAACCCUAUGUGUGUGAUAGAUGUGGGAAGGCCUUCAGGAACAGCUCAGGUCUCACAGUGCAUAAAAGGAUCCACACAGGUGAGAAGCCCUAUGAAUGUGAUGAGUGUGGGAAGGCUUACAUCUCACACUCAAGUCUUAUCAACCAUAAGAGUGUCCACCAGGGGAAGCAGCCCUAUAAUUGUGAGUGUGGGAAAUCCUUCAAUUAUAGAUCAGUCCUUGACCAGCACAAAAGGAUCCACACUGGAAGGAAGCCAUACCGAUGUAAUGAGUGCGGUAAGGCUUUCAAUAUCCGAUCAAAUCUCACCAAGCAUAAAAGAACCCAUACUGGAGAGGAGUCUUUAAGUGUGAUAUAUGUGGGAAGUUGUAGUGGCACAUCCCAGAAGAGAACCUAUGAGGGAGGGAAUGCCCUGGAUGGGAGCAGGAUGAGGCUGCCUCUGUAGUAGGCAGAGCUUACCAAGUCUCUGAACUCAAAUGGAAGAAAUACCUUAUGAAUAUAAGAAUGUAUGGGGUCAUGACUUGUAAUUUACACAGUAUAAAUGAAACCAUCCUAGAGGAUUGGGAGGAAUCCUUUCUAUGAUUUUCAAUCAUAGCAAGCAAGAAAGGCUCCAGUAUCAAAGCAGUUCAGCUCUUAUGGGAUAUAAAAUAUUCCAUACUUGAGAUAAAAACCUACCCAAGUGAUGGAAUGUGAAGCAAUGUCUUCAAAAUUAGUAGACAUUUCUGGACAUAAAACACAGAUGAGGAAGGGACUUCAGUUAGAAGUUACAUAGUCACCAUCAGAAAGUUCAUGUUUGGUAAAUUCUGUUACUAGAAAUGUAGGAAAUUCAGGUAUAGCUUUGAAUCCCAAUUACACAUUGGUCAGUGGGAAAACUGAGAAAGGCCUCCAACAGGCAAAUUCAGGGAGAGGUAGGUUUCAGGGAAUAUAAAUUUACUUAAUAUUAGUGGUCUUUAAGUAUAAACUUGAUGUAAUUGGUUUGGGAGGGGGCAGUGAUGAUGACUUCUGAAACAAAAUUUGGAUUUCCUUUUAGGAAAAGUAGAAAACAUAGACUUACAAGUCUAACAGGAGAUAGGAGAGAGUCACUCAUAAAAAAUGCAAAUUGAUGAACGUACUAUUGUGAUACAUUAGUUGAAUAGAUGAAACUUUUUUAAAGUUUCAGAUGAACUCCCAUAAUGAUGAAUUUGUGAUGAGGGAUAACCUGGAAGUGGUAUUCACACAUUAUGCUACAAUAAAAGGUUCUACCGUGGAGAGGAUUUUGACACAUUCAGUAACUAAUGGAACACACCGUCAACAUGAAUUUGCACCUUACAUGACAGAGUUGAUUCAGGGAUUCCUAUCAAUAGAAAUGCUGAGAAGGAACGCAUCUUAGUGCAGAAGCUAAAAAGCUAAGUACCAGUCAUCUAGAGAGAAGGAAAUUGUUUCUUAAUCCUGUUAAGUGUUUGAUUGUUUGGAAUAUGUUAUUGUAAAGAUGUCAUGCAGUAUAUGUGUAUAUUGUCUGUUGUAAAAUGUUAACGAAUACUUUGUUCAGGGCUCACUUUCUCUUUGUCAUGAAAGCCAGCUCCUUGUGGCUAGGUAAAGUGGAAUUCCAAUAAAGAAAUUCCUUAAAUCAAAACGGGCUGUGAGUUUAGAUGCAGGAUACCCAAGAGCCAUUUAUGUGUCAGAUCUUUGUGGGGUAAGUUAUAUACCAGAUCCAAACCAGAGAGGGCAGUGGACUCAUCCCACAGGGCUAGCAGCUCAGCUGGUUUCACCAGAAGUUAGAAGGUGCCUCCCUAAGAGGAGCACAGGAUAGAUUUUGAGGGGACCACAGUGGAGCCAUGUGAUCCUCAUACUGGGCUAGAUCCUAACUCAUGGGAGCAGGUAGGUUGUGUGAGUGGUCAGUCACCACACACAGCUCUGACAGGACCGUGUAGAAUUGAACAUAAAAUGCUGCUGUGUAUGAAGCUGUUAACUAGGUAACUCAAGGGUAAAAAUAGACUCUUCUGAGAAUUGAGUAACCUGUCUGAGAAUACUGUGAGUGGGCCAAUCAGUAAAGGCUGAAUUCUAAGUCUGGUCUCUGGUUUCAGAACCCGCUGUCUUUACAAGACAACAGUCUCAGCCAUGUAGUUUCCCGUCUCCCUCUAGGACUCCUCUCUCUCUAGCCAGAUAAUUUCCAUGCUCUCUUCUAGGAGUAUAAUUCUUUCACUUUGUAUCCAAACCUCUACCAGUAAGUUUUGAUGGCUGCAGUGGGGAAGGGUGGAGUUGAGGGAGGAAAGGGAGAUGGAGCAUUUCUGCCAUUGCUCCACUUUGGACUGUUUUGGUCAUACUUGCUCUCUAUCCUUCUUUGCACAUGACACUGGGAAGCCUGACCCUAUACACAGACUUGGACUGGUUUAUUCAGCAAAUACUUGAGGAUUUACUAGGCACCGUCCCUGUCCCACGUACUGGGUGGGAGAGGAUGGCAGCAGGAGUAGAUGCUGGCAGAUAAGGAUGAAUGAAAGGAGAAAGGCUGUGAGCGGAACCACCGUAAUGGAUGUCUGAAUUAAGACUGCACGUGAUCAGAGGACGGUGACUAGAACCAGCCAAGAGGGAGGAAGUGGUGACAUCUAGGCAGGACGUUGAAUUGGGUUUUCUGAGAGAGGAGUAGGAACUGGGAUGACCUGAGUAAAGGCGGCUAUGGAAGUGCCCAGGCAGCCUCCCGCAAGGCUGGUCUCCGGCAGGGCUGGUGUCUGGGCAGGAAGGAGGGUGCUGUGGAGUACUUGUUCCCAGUAGUCGUGGGGACAUGGAUUGGGCUUCCUUUUGCUGAAGAUGAGACCAGCGCUGGCUCUUUUUAACCUGAGGUUUCCAUGUGCUCCUCACACAGGAGAGCUCCCGUACUUGAGCUCCAGCUGAACCUAAUGCACUGUCUACUUUUGGGGAAGAUGCAGGCUAAAUAACAAAGGAGAGGAUGGCCACAGCUCAGGUGGGGAUUCUGAGUGUCUCAGCCCCCCAAGCACCAGACAAGCUCCUACUGCGGCCCCCAUCUACUCACAUGCUCCGGAAAUGGGCCCAGGUCCUCAAGUGUACCUACAGCCAGAUACAAGCCAUGCAGGCUGCUCCCAGACAUGAGGGGUCUCCGUUGUAGCACAGACCUAAUGAACUGGUGCAGCUGUGCCUGCUCAGACCAGGGACGGAAUGUGGUUUAGGGACCACCCCCAAUUCCUUCCAGAGAAUGAUAUGCAAGUGGGAAAAAUAAAGGGGGAGGGAAAAGUGGGGAGGAGAAAGAGAAAGGAAAAGCCUGAAAAGAAACAGUGAGUAUGGAAUAGCCUUCCAUAGGAGCGCACAUCUUUCUUAGCAAAUUUGUCUGAAGGUGAAAGCCUGGAAAAUAAUUUCAUGUUUCAUGUAUGGAGACACUGGGUGUGAAACGAUACUGAACACCAGUCCUGCAAUGCAGGGGAAUUUUCCUUCAUGGGAUUCAAAAACGAGAAGAUCACCACUAGGACAACACCUGAAGAUAUGUUAGCUGAAGACAGACACUGGGGACCUGAAGUCUGUCUGCAUCAAGACCUUGAGGAAUUGGCCACAGCUGUACCCAGGAGUCCCUAGGCUGGGAAGACCAUUCCUCUUCUCCAACUUCAGCUAAGGGCCUUGACCUAGAGACAUGGAGAAGGAAGCAGAAUAUAGUACUUCAAUUUUCUUCCUACUGAGGAGCCGUUCUCAUUUAGACCUGGCAGUUUUUCUGAGGCUAUGGAUAGUGUCAUUGUGCUAAGGAAACUGCAGGAAACUUGUGUAGAGGCAGUGAAGUAUAGUGACCGAGGACAUGGUCUCUCUACCAGUAAAUCUGAGUUCAAAUAAGGACGCUCACUUUUUUCCAGAUGAAUUUAGGCAAGAAACUAAACUAGAAUGUCCUCACCGGCCUUUUUUUUUUUUUUUUUUUUUUAAAAAAAAAAAAAGACAGUCGCUCUGUCGCCCAGGCUGGACUGCAGCGGCAUGAUCUCAGUUCACUGCAACCUCCACCUCCUGAGCUCAAGCAAUUCUCAUGCCUCAGCCUCCAGAGUAGCUGGGAUUAUAGGCAUGCACCACCAUGCCAGGCUAACUUUGGUAUUUUUGGUAGAGACGGGUUCAUCAUUGUUGGCUGGGCUGGUCUCGAACUCCUGCCCUCAAGUAAUCUGUCCAGCCUCAGACUCCCAAGGUGCUGAGAUUACAGGCCUAAGCCGCCACAGGCUACCAUGCCAGGCCCUCACCUGUCUUUUGUAAAGAUGAUAAUAGUAGCAACCUCAUAGGUUGUAAUGAGGAUUGGAAGCAUUAAGUGUUCAGGUCCUUAGAAGGCUGCCUAGAAUGAGAAGUAUUUGCAUAAGAAUGUAUGGAGUGAGUAUGAUGAGUAAGUGUAGUGGCCCUGUCCAGGGACUCAGCAUCUAGAUGCUUGGGUAAUGGAGGACAACUCUUACCUGGAAGUCGAGGAAAUCCCUCAAGGACCACCCCCUACUCAGACACAACUUCAGAAGAAACAUGAGAAAAGUGAUUUUUUGAACGCACCUGAGAGGUAUCUUGCUUCUAAGUAAGCAAUCCAUUGUCUAAACAAACAUGUUUUGUCUUUGUCGGGCUGCAAAAGGGCUCAGUAGAGGAGCCUCCGGCUGAGGCCAGUAACCACACGUGUUGGGGGUCAAGGGCUGCCUCACGCUUGCUUCUCUGGCCUGGGCAGCUUGCUCACUCACGUGGUAUAUUUUGUUUCCCCUGUGUUUUCCCAGCAAUACUCAGAUGUGCUGGAGAUGACUGUAGGAAGGGUUGGUGAGAGCCAGACUUCUACUGUCUUAACCAUGGCUAUUUCUGGUUAGUGUCCCUUAAGAGCUCAGAGGAUAAGUAGUGGUCCUGAGGUGGGCAGGGCAAAGCCCCAGAGAGGAGCAGGCGAAGUUCCUCUGGUCUUGGGUGCAGACCAUAGGGCCAUGUUCCAUUCAAUGCAAUAAUACGAAUUUAUUUCCUGUUCUGUCAUUUUCUCAUCUGUAAAAUGAGGGAAAAGACCUGUUUACAAGAUUAUUUUAAGGCUUAAUAAAAAUGCUCUGUAUUUUAUAAAAA